AGACUGAUACAGGCCGCGGGGCCAUGAGGAUUCUCAGCGCUCAUUUUCUCAAGCACUCAUGAGUGCUUUUGAGAAAUCCUCGUUCUCAGCGUUUGUCGAAUCGGAACAAAAUCGGUUUUGAGAAUCUUUGAGAAUCUUUGAGAAAGUUGACGAUGCAGCGAUCGGCUAACUGAAAUAUGACCUAUUGUGCUAUUUGUUUUUCGGUAAUCUUUUGGAAAAUGUAUUCAAUGUUUAUAAUUGAAAAAAAAAUUAAAAAAUAUGCGAUCAAAAACAUAUUUUCUAUUUAAAGCUCCAACUAAAGCUUGAGUGGCAAUAUUAGUUUCUCAGAGUGAGAAAAACUGACGACGGCCACGGGCUCGCGUCUGAGAACAAGUUUUGAGUGCUUGAGAAAUUGAUAUGAGUGCUUGAGAACGUUUUCUCAGCUUGACAAAGCCCCGUGGCCCCGCGGCCACAGACACUCAAGCUUUAUUUAGAGCUUUAAAUAGAAAAACAGUUUUUAAUCGCAUAUUUUUUAACGUUUUCAAUUAUAAACAUUGAAUACAUUUUCCAAAGUGAUUUCCGAUAAACAAAUAGCACAAUUCUCUAUAUUUCAGUUAGCCGAUCGCUGCAUCGUCAACUUUCUCAAAGAUUCUCAAAGAUUCUCAAAACCGAUUUUGUUCCGAUUCGACAAACGCUGAGAACGAGGAUUUCUCAAAAGCACUCAUGAGUGCUUGAGAAAAUGAGCGCUGAGAAUCCCCAUGGCCCCGCGGCCUUACAGAAGCUAAACAUUGGGGUGACGGGACGACUCAUGAUAACGAGUAGUGGUUACACGCGCGAGUCGGAAAGUUGAAAAUCGUAGGCAGCGCAAUUCGCUAUAAAAAGGGCUGGGCUGGCGCUGCAGGGCCUUUUUCGACGGAAAAUUUCUGUAGCGUGAACAACCACUAGAAAUGAGUAAUAUUUUGGCGUGGGUUAAUAAUCCGCAAAGUACCACUUACUUUGUUAAUAAUAUUAACUCUUUUCACACACGACCUAAAAAAGACUCACAACACAAUCCGAACGCUACAUUCCAAAAUAUUAUUCGAACUUUUCCGUGCUAAUUAAAAAAGACUAACCGAGUGAAAGUGAGUGCAGUGAAAUGUUCGGAGCUAAUGGUGAUAACCAGGAGACGGGAGCCGACUCGAUGGCGGGACGCGUUGAAGUCCAAGCCAACCAAGCAGCGUCAUGGAGUGAGCCAGGCCCCUCGACUGCGGAAGGGUCACAUCGGGCAUUGACCCCAAGGGUCAUUGACCAGCGAGAUGAGCGUCAUUUGCGGUCACCGCUGCCCGGUCCUUCGAGGAUAUCUUUCGUGUCGCUUUAUGAUACGCAGGACACGCCUGAUCAGCGUGGGAGUGUUGGCUCGGCGGCGGGACGCGCUAGCGUUCACGCUGAUCAAGCAAUGCCAAGGAGCCCCAUCACGCCUGUUAUGUCAGAGGUAACGCAACACGGUAUAAGGAACGCGAACAGUCGCCGGGUUGAAUCACAAACACACACACUACCGAACGAAAAUACCGUGGAACGCAUUUUCACUAACGGUCAUCGGGAUGAGCCACCGUAUCAGGCGCCAUCGGGCGAGUACCAAGCGUACUUAGCUGCGAUACCGAUGGAGUCGGCCAUUGCAAUCGUACAAGGUUCGAUUUCCCGAAAUGCCGAAUUGGUUCGGAAAAGGAUUGAGGUUGAAAGAAGGCAGAUUGAGUUGAGGAAGAUGGAGCAGCAUGCGUGAUAGUGUUCAGCGGCCUAAAGCCGAGCAGUGGGUAACCGCAACGGAUCGCUUCGGUGUGGCUUCAUCAUUCAGAGGGGUACCUGAAACACCCCAAUUCGCGAGUACAGUCAACGUACCACCGCCGUAUGAUUUUCAGGGUUACUUACGAUUCCCAGACUACUACACCUGGAGGAGAAGUCACGAUAGCGCGUAUCGUAGGGCAUCGGUUAUCCCGCCGAUGGACCACACUAUACCACCACAGCAUCGUACGCGAUCGUAUAGGGCUCCUACCCAGUACGCGAAUGUUAGCAACCUGUUGGAAGUACAGUGGUCGGCCCGACUGAGUGGAAACGUGACUUAGUUACCAACGUUCAGUGGUGAAUCGCGAAAAUGGCCCAUGUUCAUCCGCAUGUUCGAGAAGUCGACGGAAGUUUACGGGUUUACCGACGAGGAGAAUCUGCUACGGCUGCAACGAGUCCUGAAAGGAGAAGCAAUGGAGUCAGUUGGUCAUUUGCUACUGCUUCCGAAUAGUUUGAAGGAUGUCCUUGAAAUGUUAGAAGCGCAGUACGGGCGACCGGACCAAUUAAUAGAGGCCACGAUCGAAAAGAUGCUGAAGAUGCCCAUGCUGAAACCAGACUGCCUACGUUCUCUGGCUAAGUUCGAGUUUGCAGUGAGAAACCUCUGUGCUACGAUUAAAUCGCUGAGGUUGCCGGAGUACGCCUAUAGCGUUGCGCUGCUCAGGGAGCUUGUGAGUAGGCUUCCGUCCGAACCUGCACGUGAAUGGGCGCGAUACAAGAGGCAAUUCGGGUGUGGUAGUGUUACCGAUUUUGGCAGAUGGAUCAGCGAAGUGGCACGAGACGCGAUAGAUGUCAGUGUGGAGCCACUGCGCCGUGUGACGAACGAGCGUAAGGAAGAACCCGGCAAGCGUAAGCAGAAUUCUCAGCAACCGCGUCUGCCUGUUCGAGCUGGCCGAUCAGGAAAUCAGCCCCCUCGAAAAACAUACUGGAACGUGCACACGUCUCGGUGUUCGGAGCCUCUACCGGUUGCUGCGGCCACCAUCAAUACAGUGUCGCCACAAUGUCAACUGUGUAAAGGUACGUGCAGCUCACUUUCGCAAUGUAAACGGUUUCUGCACUUUUCAGUAGCAGCUCGAAGGAGCCACGUGAAGGAAAAAGGUCUGAGCAAGAAGUGUCUCGGAAGACAUAGGACUGCUGCUCGAUUGUAACAGCGUGCGGCGUAAAAGGAUGCAUCACGUCCUGUUGCACAUCGCAGCGCCAGAUGAAGAACGCGCUCCAGAGGUUGGUUCGUGCCACACGCAUUCAGGAACCGUAGAUUGCGCUCUUUUAAAAUACGUGCCGAUCAAGACGUAUGGACCGCGCGGUGAGGUCGAAACAUUUGCCUUUAUGGACGAUGGUUCCUCUGCGACGUUCAUCGAUAGCUCGUUGGUAGAGGAACUAGGGCUAACGGCACACCUGUGCCGCUUUGUAUCCAUUGGACCGGCGGAGUGACGCGUCAAGAGAACUGUUCCGUGCGCCUUAACCUCGAAGUAUCUGGAAGAAACGGGACCCGUAAGUAUGACCUGAUCAACGCGAGAACGGUAAAAAUGUUGGGGUUACCUAUGCUGGGGACCAGUAUUCGCACCUGAGAGGGCUGCCAAUCGCCUCUUACAGCAACGUGCAGCCUCGUAUUCUCAUUGGUGUCGACAGUUGUCGAGUGACCAGACCAUUGAAGACGGCUGAGAGGAGCGAACACGAGCCAGUCGCCUCGAAAACGCGUUUGGGAUGGAUUAUUUACGGCCCGUGUCCGAUAGCGGAGAACGUGCCCGGAGCAGUGUAUAAUAGUUUCCACGUGUGCCUGUGCGACGGAGUGAGUGCGGAGCUGUUGAACACCGAGGUGAAGAAGAUGUUCUCCCUGGACACCAUUGCUGUUGAAAAACCAACUAGCGUGUGGCGCUCGAAAGAAGACGACAAGGCGAUGGCGAUUCUAGAAAAGGAAAUGGUGUUGGUUGGUGAUCAAUAUGAAUCGGGACUGCUGUGGAAAGCGGAAAAUAUUCGACUGCCCUGUAGCAAAGCGACGGCUUUGAGACGAUACCACUGUCUGAAACGGCGUAUGCAGGAGGAUCCAGUACUGGAUGCAGCGGUACGAGACACGAUACGGAAUUAUGAGAAGAAAGGCUACAUCCGUCGCUUGACGGAAGCUGAAGCGGCUGAACGACAUCCCCAAGUCUGGUACCUGCCAGUGUUUCCUGUAACGAAUCCAAAUAAGCCAGGUAAGAUUCGUUUAGUGUUCGAUGCUGCCGCUACCGUUAACGGUAUCAGCCUUAAUAACAAUCUUCUCACUGGACAGGAUCUUACGGCUAACCUGUUGGAGGUGCUGUUCAAAUUCCGGGAGUUUUGCGUGGCUGUGGUCGGAGACAUCCGCGAGAUGUUUCAUCAAGUGUUGAUAAAGCCGGCCGAUCAGCGAAGCCAGAUGAUAUUCUGGGAAGGAUAUGCUGCCAGUGACGAACCACAACGCAGAGCGGUUCGAGUCGGAGUAUCCACGAGCGGUGAACGAACACUACGUCGGCGAACAGAAACGAACACUACGUCGACGAUAUGCUGUUCAGUUUCGAAACGGAACAGGAAGCGAUUUCUCUGGCGGAACAGGUGCGAUACAUACAUUCUCAGGGUGGAUUCGACAUACGUAACUGGAUUUCCAAUUCGUCACGAGUCAUGGAACGUGUGCAGACCAUCACUGAAACAGAAAAGAGUUCCAACAUGGGUAACGAGUUCAGUGCGGAAAAGGUGCUUGGUAUGUGGUGGGACACCCUUACGGAUACCUUUUCGUUUCGGCUGUCCAAGAAGUUCAGGGCAUCCUGUCUGGGGGACAACUUCCAACGAAGCGAGUGGUGUUGCGGACGCUAAUGAGCAUUUACGAUCCGAUGGGACUGGUGGGACAGUUCCUCAUGUUCCUGAAAAUGUUGCUGCAGGAAAUUUGGACAAGUGGUUAUGAUUGGGAUCGUGAAAUCGACGGUCAUAUUGCGGAAAAGUGGUUUACCUAGCUAAAAGUAUUGGCGAAAAUUCCGCAAGUGACGAUCCCUAGAUGUUACCGUCGUGUCACCUCUACCAGCGCUAAGAUCGAGCUACAUAUUUUUUGUGAUGCGAGCGAGCACGGCAUGGCUGCCGUGGCUUACUUCAGGUUCGAGGAGGGCGGUGUCAUCGAAUGUGCUCUCGUUGCGUCAAAGACCCGUGUUGCGCCACUAAAUUUUUUAUCAAUUCCCAGACUCGAGUUGCAAGCAGCAGUACUAGGCGCGCGACUGAGCAAGGCGAUCAUCCGAUCACACCGUCUGGAGAUUCAUCGCACCACGUAUUGGACGGACUCAAAAAACGUCGUCAGCUGGCUAAAUUCCGAUCACCGACGCUAUCAUCAAUUUGUCGCCUUUCGGAUCGGAGAGUUGCUUGAGACGACAUACGUGCAACAAUGGCGAUGGCUACCGACGAAGUACAAUGUAGCGGAUGAUGGAACCAAGUGGGUGAAAACCCCCGAUCUGUUACCCGACAGCCGUUGGUUUCGAGGUCCUUCUUUCCUGUGGGAGCCUGAGUGCGAGUGGCCCGCGGCGGUGCAACCUGUUCACGACACAACUGAAGAGCUUCGGGUAAGCGCGUGCCACCAUCAAACUGUCGACAAGGGUGUCGAAGCAGGUGGGUUCAUCUAGUUCGAGCGAUUCAGCAAGUGGAGAAGGCUUUUAUGAGCCGUUGCACAUGCUAUCCGCUUCAUUUCUAACGUCCAGAACAGCAUCCGUGGAACAACGAAACAACUGGGACCCCUGACGCAACCGGAACUGGCCGAAGCAGAACUUAUUGUGUUCAGAUCGAUCCAGCAGGAGAGCUACCCCGAAGAGAUCCGAUGCCUGCGACAAGACGAAAGGAAACACCCGUGGCAGACAGGCAUCAAGAAAGAGAGUACAUUGUUUAACACUAGAACCGCCGAUGGGACUUUUUUGUCCCAUCGCACUCGAAAAAGGCACUGUAAUCAUAUGACGGUGAUUAGUGAACUUCGGCAAAGAUACUGGAUCCCUUGCCUGUUGAGGACGUACCGGCAACUGCGCAAAGCAUGUCCUACCUGCCGAAAUUGCGAAGCAACACCCAACCCGCCGAUGAUGAGCCACCUACCCGACCCCAGACUGGCCUUGGGACAGCGACCGUUCACAUAUGCUGGGGUGGAUUACUUUGGGCCUCUCCUUGUCGCGGUAGGACGACGCGUCGAAAAAAGAUGGGGUGUCAUCUUCACGUGCCUCACCGUUCAAGCGGUGCUCCUAGAGGUAGCGCACACCCUUAGUACCGGAUCGUGUAUCGCUGCUGUUCGCCGAUUCAUCGCCCGGCGCGGCGUUCCCCGCGAGAUCAUCAGCGAUUGCGGGACGAACCUAGUGGGAACAACACGAGAGCUACGGGACGCGAUUGCCGGUGUGGACCACGAGGCGCUUAUCACAGAGUUCUGCAGUCUAGAACUGAAGUGGACGUUCAAUCCCCCGAGAGCACCACACUUCGGAGGCUGCUGGGAGCGUUUGGUGCGAUCGGUGAAGAAGGUGCUUGGACAUCUUAACCUUCCCCCCGACCGACUGACGAGGUGCUCGAGACUGCGCUGGCUGAGAUCGAGCUGAUCCUAAACUCCCGGCCUCUUACGUACGUUCCGGUAGAUGACGCAGCAGCCUCUUACGCCAAACCAGAUCCUGCUUGGAACAGCAGACGGAAUUAAGCCACCUGUGGCUUACAGCAGCGGCAGCGAUGCGGUCAACUCGUCCUGGAAAGCAGCACAGCAUAUUGCGGAUCUGUUCUGGAAAGCGUGGGUACGAGAUUAUUUGCCGGUGCUUGGGAAACGAACGAGAUGGUUCGAAGCGGCGGAACCGUUAGGAGUAGGAGAUCUCGUUCUAAUAGUGGAUGAAAACUUACCGCGCAACUGCUGGCCUAAGGGUUUGAUCGAGGAAGCAAUUCAAGGAAAGGACGGCCAGGUGAUACAGGCAGUAGUAAGGACCGUUAAAGGUAUAUAUAAAAGACCUGCUACAAAAAUCACAAAGCUAGAAACAACGCGUGGUGAUCGGGUUUAGGAUAAAAGGGACUUUUUCUUCUUCAUUGGCACAACAACCGUUGUCGGUCAAGGCCUGCCUGUACCCACUAGUGAAGUGAGCUUGGCUUUCAGUGACUUCUUGUUACCAUAGCAGGAUAGUCAGUCCUACGUAUUUGGGCACGGUCUAUUCGGGGCUUGAACCCAUGACGGGCAUGUUGUUGAGUCGUACGAGUUGACGAUUGUACCACCAGACCGGCAGGAUAAAAGGGACACGUGGAACAAAAACGUCAGGAGAUAAGGCAAUGUUUACAGUGCAGGAGUGAGAUAGCCUCACUGCGGGAGGGAAUGUUGGAGAACGUAAACAUUACAGAACGUAAACAUUGGGGUGACGGGAUGACUCAUGAUAACGAGUAGUGGUUACACGCGCGAGUCGGAAAGUUGAAAAUCGUAGGCGGCGCAAUUCGCUAUAAAAAGGGCUGGGCUGGCGCUGCAGGGCCUUUUUCGACGGAAAAUUUCUGUAGCGUGAACAACCACUAGAAGUGAGUAAUAUUUUGGCGUGGGCUAAUAAAACGCAAAGUACCACUUAUAA